UCGAAAAUGUAUCAACUGGACUCUUGGUACUCAGUGCUCUUCGAGCUUCUUCUCGUCGGUUUUUCUCUCUACAACUCGCUCAGAAUGACUACUUGGUGGGAUACCGUAGCCAAAGGAGCAUCUAUCGCAGUGAAUGGAGCAGCGAAACAUUCACCUUCGGUCGCUGAUCACUACGGUAUUCGUACUGAUAAAAAUAGUGUUAGAAGCUAUAGAAAGAGUAGCGUCAGAUCACCAAUUACGUUCGAAAUGGGAGAUGGGAUUGAAGUAGCUCACUGAUGGAUCGUAAUUUAUUGGAAAAAUGACGUUCAGAAUAAAUUUGAUAUUGAUU